ACACUUUUAAUAGAAGGAUAAUUAUAAAAAAUAAAAAAGUGAUUGUUAAAAAGCUCAACAAAUUUUUCAGAUAUAUAUCACAGUGGACCAGAGUGACCUCCAGGUUUUAUGUCGUGUCAAUUAAACGAAACUUUUUUUUAUUUAAUUAUAUUUAUUUUAUAAUAAUAGAAAAAGUUGUUUUUAAAAUCUAAACCAAGUGCUAAGGGUCCCAAAUGGGGCAAAAUAGGGUGUUAAAGUAGUUUUAUUUUUAAGAUUGAUUAUGAUCGAAAAUAUUAUACUGAUUUGAAAUCAUAUAAAAACAUAGGUCUGAAAGUUUCUGGCAAGUGGUCUAUUUUACAUUAUCUAAUAGUAUUAGAUAAUGUACUACUAUAUGUAGUAUAUGUUUUUCAACUAUUGCAAAAGGAUAUUUACACAACUGCUCUUCUUUAUCUGCAGUAGAGAACCUUAUUAGCAGAGAAUCUUAUUAGCAUUAAGUCUAGGAAAUUUGCAAGCAGAGCAAGUUGCAUCUGGUAUAAUAAAAGCAAAAAUGGAGACUGACAAAAUUGCGAAUGGAGAACAAUUUAUUUUGUCUUCUGGCGGAAACCCAUUGAUGAUUACAGUUGGAUGUCCUGAUAACAAAGCAAAUAGAAGGUCAGUUAAACAAGUAUCUCUUCAGAUGAUUAAAGAACUUCAAAUAGUGUUAGAACUUUCCCUUAAUAAAACGGGGCUAUUGAUAUCUACUCUUCGAAAAGGAAUGGGAAGUAAAUUGGUUGUAGAAAACAACAUUUUUGGAAAAAUGAGUGAUUUAGAAGAGUCUUUAUCGCAUUUUUAUCAAGUAGAAAAGGUCAACUUCUUUGAUAGUACUGGUGGCACUUCUAUAAAAGAACUUGUUUUUGUUCAAGGCACAUCUAGUUUUAUUCUUGAUUUAAUUAUUCAACGUUGUCUUGAUCCCCAGACAGCAUUUGUUUGUAUUUCUAUGGAUGGAGGAGGUGGUAUCAUGAAGGUCUUUGCAAAUGUUUUCGAUGUUAAUGAAAAUACUACUUCAAAUUUAUACUUAAAUAGUGGUGUACAACGAUGUCAAAUUCUCUCCAUAGUUGAAGAUGUGCAAGAAUCUAACUUCAAUUUAAGAAUAAUUUUAAAGAAACUCAAUUUACAAGAUCUUAAGUUUUCAGCAGCUUUUGAUUUGAAAUGUGCUAAUGCAGUUUUUGGAAUAUCAAGCCAUGCAGGUAAAAAAGCUUGUCUUUGGUGUGAAGGAGACUCAGUUGAAGUUUGUCGUAAACUGCGAACACUUGGCAGCCUUGACUAUUGGUAUCAAAGAUACACUGUAGAAAGUUCAAAGAAAUCUAAUAUGAAACAUUUUAUGAAUGUAAUAUAUCCAAGAAUUCUCUACCUCGACGAAGAUCCAGAUACACUAAUCCAACAUUUAGUAGCUCCCUCUAAAUUACAUAUCCUGAUAGGAAUAGUAACAACACUGGGAUGUUUAUUAUUGGAUCUUUGGCCAGGUUUUGAUAUUCUUUUGAAAAAUAGUGGUGUUCUACAAAGAGGAUAUCAAGGUAGAGAUUGGGAUGGGAAUAAUUCAAACCAGAUACUAAAGUGUGUUGAUGAGUUGGAAAGAGUUGUUUUGUAUGAAUAUCCUGAUCUUCUGCCAAUUGUUCAAUGUUUAAAAGACUUUAAGAUUGUAAAAGAUUCUUGUUUGGUAGAACACUUGAGCUUCGGUAUCAGCAAGCCAUUCUAAAAUUUAAGAACUCCUUUUUAUCUGCUCAAGAAAAUGCAGAUAUUCUUGGAAAAAAACUUUCAAUUAGUUGGAAAGUACAUAUACUCUUGUGUCAUGUGCAACCUUUUGUUGAACACCACAAAUGUGGUUUGUCUAAGUUUGCUGAACAAUGUGGAGAAUCAGUUUACUCAAAAUUCAAACCAACGUGGACCAGGUUCAAACGACAAGUUGCAAACAAAGAAUAUGGUGGAAGACUCCUCUCUUCUGUUAUUGAUUUUAA